AUGACCAUUGCAAUGCUGGUCUUCACAAAGCGGUUUGUUCUAUCCUUGACGGCCCGCUUGUUCGAUUCUUUGGGAUGGCUGGCUCCCACAAUCACUCGUGCAAAGAUUCUGUUUCAGUCAACUUGGCUUCAAGGCGUCGAUUGGGACACUCCGUUGGAUGAAGCCAGCACGCGACUUUGGCAGGAGUUCCAAGCCGACUUUCAAAGGCUGGAAAAGAUCCGCAUUCCGCGGUUCGUACCGCUCAAAGAGAUGGAUGCAGCGUUGGAGCUCCAUGGGUUCGCGGAUGCGUCCGAACGGGCAUACGCGGCCGUUGUUUACGCUCGGACUAACAUCGGCAAGGAAAGGGCGGAAAUAAAAUUGGUCGCUGCUAAUACCAAGGUGGCCCCAAUCAAACCGGUGACAUUUCCGCGCCUGGAGCUGUGCGCGGCAACAUUGCUCAUCCGCUUGGCAGCUCACGUGCGGCAGACCUUCAACGAGGAGGACAUUCCACUUCACUUGUGGUCCGAUUCCACCGUGGCGCUAGGUUGGAUUCCCGGUCAUCCGUCGCGGUGGAAGACGUUCGUGGCCAACAGGGUCGCCGAGAUCCAGACGACCUUGCCGGAAGCUAAGUGGCACCAUCUUCCGGGAUCAAGCAAUCCCGCGGACUGUGCAUCACGAGGAGUCUCUCCGGGCGAACUGGUGUCUCAUCCGCUUUGGUGGCAGGGCCCACCAUGGCUCCGAGAAGACAAAGCCUCGUGGAUGCCAUCUCUUGCCGAGGCACUUGACGACCUUCCGGAAGAACGAGCGAGGGCGCACGCCGUCGCGGUGCAGCAACAUCGGCUUACCGAGCCCGACGAGCUCACUCGCUUCUCUUCCUGGAUUCGCCUGUUACGGGUGACGGCCUGGUGCAGGCAGUGGCUGCAACGAUCUUCAGAGAUCUCUUACGGCAACAAAGGACCGGCCGGGUGCAGCCGACUCUCUCACGGCAUCCGAGUGCGACGAUGCCCGCCUUACCUGGAUCAAAAAAGUGCAAGCUGA